ACCAACGUUAAAUGUUGGUUGAAACUAAAAACACAAACAAACUUACACCUGAUAAGGCAUUAACCAAACCAUGUCACUCUCCACCACAACUUCUCACCUCACCAUUCUCCCUUCUCCACUUCCUUCAAUUUCACCGCUUUCUCUCAGAUUCUCCUUCACUUUCCGGCAAAACAUAAACCAUAAAACUUGUCCUACAACCCACUUGUCUUCUUCUUCAAUAAAAUCUACCAGAUUCUUGGUGAAGUCUCAGUCUACUACUUCACCUGCUUCUUCUGAUACUGUGAAAGUGAUAUCUGUUCCUUCUGAAAUGAAGGCUUGGGUGUAUGGAGAAUAUGGAGGGGUUGAUGUUUUGAAAUUUGACUCCAAUGUUGCUGUUCCUGAUGUUAAGGAAGAUCAGGUUCUUGUUAAAGUUUUUGCAGCUGCUCUUAACCCCGUUGAUGGUAAGAGAAGGCAAGGAAAGUUUAAGGCCACUGAUUCUCCUCUUCCGACUGUUCCUGGUUAUGAUGUAGCUGGGGUUGUAGUGAAAGUUGGUAGUGAAGUAAAGGAAUUCAAAGUUGGAGAUGAAGUGUAUGGUGAUGUAAAUGAGAAAGCACUAGAAGGGCCUAAACAGUUCGGUUCUCUAGCUGAGUACACAGCUGUUGAGGAGAAAUUGCUGGCACUAAAACCUAAGAAUUUGGACUUUGCUCAAGCUGCUUCUCUUCCUCUUGCAAUUGAGACCGCUCAUGAAGGUUUGGAGAGGACUGGAUUUUCUUCCGGUAAAUCUAUUCUUGUUCUCAAUGGUUCUGGUGGAGUUGGAAGUCUUGUAAUUCAGCUAGCUAAACAAGUAUUUGGAGCUUCAAGAGUUGCUGCCACUGCAAGCACUAGAAAUUUGGAGCUGUUGAAAAGCCUUGGAGCUGAUUUGGCUAUUGACUACACAAAGGAGAACUUUGAAGACUUGCCAGAAAAAUUUGAUGUAGUUUAUGAUGCCAUUGGGCAAUGUGAGAGGGCAGUGAAGGCUAUAAAAGAAGGUGGAAGUGUAGUAGCACUAACAGGUGCUGUUACACCACCUGGAUUCAGAUUUGUGGUAACUUCCAAUGGAGCUGUUUUGAAGAAACUAAACCCUUAUUUAGAGAGUGGAAAAGUGAAGCCAAUUGUAGAUCCAAAAGGUCCAUUCACCUUUGAUCAGGUUGCAGAAGCUUUCUCUUACAUUGAAACAAACAAAGCUACUGGAAAGGUUGUUAUAUUCCCUAUUCCAUGAAUCAAAUUAAAAUUAUAGAAAAUUUUGUUAUGUAUCUAACAAUGUUCACAUCCUAUGAGUAAAUAACAGUUCAGAUAUCAGCAAAUUUUUUUACCAAGAA